AUGAUCGGCCGUCAGACCACCUUUUCCUAUGUUAAGGCCAACGCCGCCAACAUGAAGUCGUUGGAUCGUCUUCGAACCCAUUUAAUGGGAGAAAAGCGGCCAAAGAAGGUGGAAGCCAUCACCCCAAAGCCUUCAGAAGUCCCCAUCAAGCCUUCAACUACCUCCACCCGCCCAACAAUCGUCAAGGAAGCCAAGGAGACCUGCAAAAAAGCAGGUCAUCACAAAGAAUCGCUUAAAAGAAAGAUGGUGGACGAAGAACCGGCCAAAAAGAGGAUGAGAAUGGACCUAGAGGAGGGCGAAAUCGUCUCCUCCGACGAUGAGGACAAGGAGAACCUCCCGCCCGACCACAGUGGGCUCAUCAAAAAGAUGUUGGGGACCAAUGGACGGACCUAUUUGGAGAUCCAGAUGCCAGAGAAGGUCAAGCUGGCAGACCCAACCGACCCAGAUGAAAUGUGGAAGAAGCUGCGAGCCCUCUACGGUGGCCAGAGGUCCAUCGACAAGACCAAAGCCCGGGAAUUUUUCAAGAUUUCCCCGUCCGGACCUCUACUCCAAAAGCGAAAAUAA